CACUGCGAACGCCCUUGGGGUAUUGGGAUCACAAAGGUAAUUAAAGAGAAGCCUCUGGGCCUGGCGUGGCUGAGUGCAGCCAGGGUCCUGAUCACAGGAACUGGGGGGCAGCGGGUACAGGCAGCCAGGCUCCUGCAGCCACCCCUCCCCCAGGGCCCCCCACUGUCUCCCUGUCAGUGGCCCUGAGAGCUCAGCCUCCCAGCUGCCCAGGGUGGAGAAGGGGUCCCUCAGGUGGGGGAAGGAGAGAGAGGAGCAAAUUCUCCAAUUCGGGAGCGGAGCAAAAGGGGAAAAGGUCCCUUCCCCUGAACUGUCUGAACUUGUGUUUAGCUGUGACCCCCUCAGUACCUUUCCCAGACCUGAAUCUGUGAUCUCAAAAGCUUGUCUCUCACACCAACGGGAGUUGGUCCAAUACAAGAGAUUAACAGCGUCCCCACCCCCUUGGUCCAAUACAAGAGAUUAACAGCGUCCCCACCCCGGUCACUCCAAUAUCCUUCAACCCUCACGCUGCUACAACACCACCACCGGACAUUGCCCUCGGGCCAGUGAUGAGACACCGGUGGAAGGAGGGAGGGGGACUGAGAACAAAGAUUAGACUGAUAUUCGGAGGCAGACAGCUGGAAGAUGCCAGGAGUCUGCAGCACCAAGGGGUGACCAAUCACGGCACUAUCGAUCUGCUGCUACGCUUGCGCGGUGGUGGUGGUUUUCCAGUCCGCGACUUUCCUGCUGGAACUGCACAAUGCAGAGAGGAAGCCCAGCCACAUUCGUCAUCUCCAGACAAAGCAGAACUUGAGGAACAAACACGACAAGCAAGAAGAGCAGUGGCUUCGUUUCGAUACUCUGUCGUGUUAAAGGGAAAAUGCAACAGGUGUUUCGGAGUGAUCCUUCCAGAGGUAACGCCAGAGAUUGUUCCAGGCACAGAGGAGAACAAGACUGUCUACAGAGCUCGCAUCCCCAGUGCUGGCUCCUUCCACUGCUCCGAAACGGGGCUUGGCUUUGAGGUGAGCGCAGCAGUGACCGUCGAGUAUGAAUAUGGCUCCUGGGCGGAGAGUCUGAGCCCAUCUGCCAGGCAGGAGUGGAUGGUUGCCGGCCCCCUGUUCCACAUCAGGGCCGAGCCCGACACGGUGCGAGCCGUGCACCUCCCCCACUUCGUGUGCCUUGCAGACGGAGGGGAUUUAAGUUCAUGCAAAAUCGCCCAUUUUGAAGCUGGCCACAUGACCCUGGAAACUCCAGCGAGAAUCUAUGUCUUCCGUGUUGUCCUGGAGAAUCCCAGCUUCUCCCAGCUCGGCGUGCUUUGGAGAAAGAUACGUUCGACCAUAACAUUUAUUCCCGUCCAUUCCCUUGUGCUGAUCUACCGGGCACUCAGGGCUGCAGACAUAACUCUCCAUCUCUACCUGAUACCCAAUGACCACUCACUCAAGAAGGCCAUUGAAGAAGAAGAAACGAAGUUGGAGUCAAAGCACAUUCCCAAACCUCCUCAGACCAAUGCGCUGUACUUUGGAUCUCAGUAUGAGGUGUCUGGUACAUCAGAGCUAAAGAUAACACCUGACCAGCUGGAGCUCUGCUAUAGAAGCCCUGCAGACCAGCAGUCAUAUAUUGAGCUCUACAUGAUGGAUAUGGAGAAGGAAAUCAAGCUUCACAUGAAAGACAGAAAAGAUGGGAAAUUGGUUUGGAAGACGUUUUUGAGGCCAGGGGACGUUAAAAUUCCUGCAGCAUCCUCCCAAACACUCACAGCUCAAGGCGUGUCCUUUGUGAAGAAGCACCGGGAGGAGCUCCGUAACCGAAUGGGAUUGAUCUAUCCCAUCCUGGCGCGCUUACGGGACAUAGAGGCAAUGAACAGUGAUGAAGAAGAGGAGCUGCUUAGUAUGCAGAACAGACGAAAGGUGAUGAACGAUGCCUUACUGCAGCUGGUUGAGAGGAAAGGAGCUCAGGCCCAAGAAGAACUCUACCAGAGUCUCAAAGAGACUGACCCUUACCUUGUACAGGACUUGGAGCAAUCCAGCUAGGGCCUGGAGAUCCCGCUAACAGCUACCUGUGCUCCUGCCAGUCUGGGGUGUGAACAUAGUCUUACCUUUGUUACUUACGCAGCAACAUAAAGCUGGUUUGAUACGA